UGAAGGAGGUUUAUGUUCCUUGUCCCCAAACAUAAUAGAUGGUACUUAAAUGGUUUCACUGAGUUGCAGCGUGUUCCGGGUUUGAAUCUCCUGGUUCUCAUUUGUUUGGACUUUGUUUGACUUCAGCUUCUCCCGGUGUGCGUUUCCUGUAGUUGCUCCACAGUCCAAAGACAUGUAAGCGUCACUAGCUGCAGGUAUGGAUGCGGACCCUGGGACCUAGGGCUAUGGAAGAAAGAGGAGAAGUCUCUUUGUUUUUAUAGAAUCAUUACCUUUAUGUCAAAAAACAAAAUUAUUUCUCCUAAUUGUGACCUCAUAUUCUUAUAGUUAUGACCUAGUGUAUCAGAACUUUUUGUUUCAUCAGGAGAGCUCGUAACAGCGAUUUCGUGUCUUGUAAUUAUGACUUUCUGUUGCAUAAUAUUGAAAUCCUUAUUUGACUUGAAUGUACUAUGUGACAAAUAAGAGACACAAUAUAGUCAUGCUUUUACAAUGCCUUUUUAGUAUUAUCACUUUAUAAUCUUUAUAAGUAGAUUCUGAAUAUGAAUAUACUAGAGGGUUAGGGUUAAUACAAUGAGUAUUAAAAAAAGAGUUUGCAAGAAGUCAGAUGUAGCUCUGGGUCCUUAGAAGAGAUCAAAUAAACCAGAUUAAACUCAAGCGGUAAUGCCAACAUAGGAUAACAAUGUAACAUAACUAACCAACUACUUAAUAGACCCAAAUCUAAAGUACCCAAAACUGACCUAGAAAAGCAAGAGACACAGGGGAGCUAGCAAAUUAUCUAAUAAACGAGAAAACCCCCCAAUUGGUUCACUAGUGAUUUGAAUGCUGAAUAAAAAUAUAAAAUAGCCAGUGCACCUGCUGUCCCACAGCGUACAGGAGUUGGGCGCACUUUACCGACUGUGUCUGAUUCGAAUGCAGAGAAGUGAACUUAGUGAUCGAAGACCUGAAUUUCACUGCUUUGAACUUUGAACUUCAAAGUGUCAAACAUGUGGAUGCAGUUGGAAGUCAGACUUUAAACACCUGUAAUCACAUCUAUGAGUGAUGCCACCAGUUCCUGGAGUACACCUGUGCUUCACUGCAGCAAAAUGAAAAAUGAAGCUGCUUGUGCCACGAUACAGUUGUGCAGUGUUUUACGUGGUUGUCGAAUUUACUGUAGAAUAUAAUGUUGGCGGUAUGUUUGUGCAUUUGUUGUGUAUUUCACAGCCCUUGUUCUUCCCCAUAAAUUCUUUAUUUAAAAUCGAUUCAUACUGUGGAGCAGCUUGCUGGUUAAUACACCUUUUAAUGAAGAAAAAGGUGUUUCAUCUAAACCCCCACCCCCUUUUUUGAGGAAGAGUUCUUUCUGUAAGUUAAUCAAGCGUAAUAAAUUGUUAUCACCAUCCUCAUGAAACUGUUCAUGCUCUUAUUAAGACAGGACAGUAGAGAGAUCAGUCAUUGCCGUCUGUGUGUCUCAGUUAUGCAGUAAUACCAGCUUAUACACAUGCAGCGUAUUUGUUCUUUUAUCUGCAGUGUGGCUAAUCUUAGAUAUGGAGAGGGAGGGAAGAACUCAAGGUUAAUCAUUUCUCAGUUCUGUUAUCACAGUUCUGUCUGGGAAAUGUUUGGGGAGUAUUCUCUUUGUAUGCACUGGAUACGUUGCCUGAAUGCUGGGUCGCUGAAACGUGAACAUGGACGAACAAAAGGAUGAUCAGAUUGGCCAAGAUGACAGCACUCACAACUCUGAAAAGAAGUCACUUACAGCCUGCCUGUUGUGUGCCGCCUUCUUUGGCUCCCUGGGCUCAUCUUUCCUUUAUGGCUACAACCUCUCUGUAGUCAACGCUCCUGCUCUGUACAUUAAAGCUUUCUACAAUAAGACAUGGAUUGAGAGAUAUGGGGAGCCUAUUUCAGCGGAGACGGUGACCCUCCUCUGGUCCGUCACAGUGUCCAUAUUUUCUAUUGGAGGCCUUUUUGGAGCCCUGUCUGCCACGUUAAUCAUCAAAGUACUGGGCAGAAAGGGGACCUUGCUGCUGAAUAACAGCUUUGCUGUAAUAGCUGCUGUGCUUCUGUCUCUGGGUGAAAUGUCAAGAUCUUUUGAGAUGCUCAUCAUUGGACGACUCAUUAUGGGGGUGGAUUCUGGUAUUGCUCUCAGUGCUCUCCCCAUGUACCUGGGAGAAAUUUCCCCAAAACACUUCAGAGGUAUGAUUGGCCAGUUCAACUCCAUUCUAAUCUGCUUAGGAGUGUUCACUGGGCAAGUGCUGGGGAUGCCUGAGCUGCUGGGUCAGGAGUCCACCUGGAUUUACCUGUUUUCCUUCCUUGCAUUGCCCGCAAUGCUGCAGCUGUGUGUGCUGCCCUUCCUCCCUGAGAGUCCUCGCUACCUGCUGAUGGAGAGGAGGGAUGAGGCUGGAGCGGAAAAAGCCUUUCAGAGAUUUUUGGGAAAGAAGGAUGUUUCCCAGGAGCUGGAAGAGGUCCACAUGGAGGCUCGAGCUCAGGACAAACUACACACCGUCUCUGUGUUACAGCUGCUGAAGAGCCCAGCUGUUCGCUGGCAGCUCAUAACUGUCAUCGUCACCAUGGCCUGCUAUCAGCUCUGUGGCCUCAAUGCAAUCUGGUAUUAUACCAAUGGGAUUCUUCGUGAAGCAGGCUUUACUGAGAGCAUACUUCCCUACAUCACACUGAGCACAGGUGCCAUAGAGACUCUGGCUGCCAUCAUCUCAGGCUUGGUGAUAGAACGAAUUGGCAGGAAGCCCCUUCUCAUAUUUGGUUUCUUUUCCAUGGCUGUGUUCUUCAGCCUACUCACAGUUUUUCUUAAUUUCCAGGAUAGAGUGUCAUGGAUGCCCUACCUCAGUUACGUCUGCAUACUCGCUGUGAUUGCCUCCUUUUGCUCUGGACCAGGUGGCAUCCCCUUUAUCCUGACCGGGGAACUGUUUGAACAGUCUUAUCGACCUGCUGCCUUCAUGAUCGCUGGCACAGUAAACUGGCUAUCUAACUUUGCCGUGGGCCUCCUUUUUCCAUUUAUUCAAGAGACGCUGCAGUCCUUUUCCUUCCUUGUGUUUGUGGCAGUCUGCAUUCUGGGAUCCAUAUACCUCUAUGUCGUCCUCCCGGAAACCAAAAAUAAAACCUUUAUGGACAUCAGCCAGAGCUUUGCCAAGAUUAAUAAAAUGCCCAUCCCCUCGCCUGGUCAGGAAAUGGAGCUGGUUCUGUCUAUUAACUCUGACAUGAAUGGAAAAGCCCAAGAUGCCACUAAGAUGCAAACGUCCUUGUAAAUGAAGGAAUGAAGCACAGUCAUAAUCGAGAAGCAGUGUCAAAUGUGUGAAAAUAUUUCUUGUUUUUACAUAUUUACUGAGCAUAAAAAAUUAAGUAAAGUCAAUGCUUUUUUUCAAUGUUUUUUUUUUAUAUGACUGCAAU